ACAAUUGUUCUCUACGUUUGUUUUAGGAGUCGUUCACCUAGCCAGAACUAUUGCGAUGGCAGACAAAAUUCCUGAUCAAACAAAGUAGCUUCACACUAAUUGGAUUCUGUUAGUUAGAGUACAUUUGCUGAGAAGAGAAUUGAGAUACAAGCAUGAUCUUGACGGCUCUGUUAUUGAUGCCCUUGUUAAUAGGGUCGUCUCUGGGGAUAUCGGUGACCUGCCCUCAGAAGCAAUACGUGAAGAUCUUGUUCCAGCCUGUUGUAUUGAAAUGCAACUACCAGACCACAGCCACCCAGCCCCCAACCGUCACGUGGCGGUACAAAUCCUUCUGUCGGGACCCUGUGAGCGCGGCCCUCAAUCCCAACAGCGUCACCAACCAGAUAGCCAACUCCAACCCCAACUACAACCCCAACACGGAAUGCACGGACCUCAGCCGCACCGUCCGCAUCGUGGCCUCCAAGCAGGGCAGCAGCGUCACACUGGGGGAGAUGUACCAGGGUCGCAGGAUCACCAUCACGGGCGAUGCUGAUUUGAGUCUCGAUCAGACUGCCUGGGGUGACAGUGGCGUUUAUUACUGUUCAGUGGUAUCUGCUCAAGACCUGACUGGAAACAGCGAGGACUACACAGAGCUCAUAGUCCUGGGGAGGAUGUCAAACUCUACAGAUCUGUUGCCAGGCAUUGAGGUAGUGGGUGUUGAAGACUGGCUGCUGGUGGUGUUGGUGGUCAUGGGGUUCCUCUUGCUGUUGAUGCUGAUUGGGAUCUGCUGGUGCCAGUGCUGCCCCCACACCUGCUGCUGCUACGUCAGCUGCCCCUGCUGCCCCGAACGCUGCUGCUGUCCCAGAGCCUUGUAUGAAGCUGGGAAAGCCGUGACGUCGGGGGUGCCCAGCAUGUAUGCAGCCAGCAACUACUCCCACCCCAGUCAGACCCGCAUGGUGCCAGUGGGGUCUGCGUAUCCCAUGGUGCCCAUCGUUCCCAGUCGCAACGGGUACAUGCCAGACUACGAUGGAGCCAGCUCGGUCGGACAUCACUCCCAGGUACCUCUCUUGCAUGACCAAGAAGGUGCGAAUUCUGUGCACAGUGGGUAUCGAAUUCAGGCAAACCAGGUAGAUGACUCGAUGAGGGUCCUUUACUACAUGGAAAAGGAGCUGGCUAACUUUGAUCCUGCUCGCCCUGGAGAUGCCAAUGGGAAAUAUGAAAAAUUGACGGCAAUGAGCGAGGUGAGCUCUCUUCACGAGCCCGCGGACCCGCGCGCCAACAUGCGAGACGGGAUGGGCCGGGUGCGCAACCAGGCGCUGAUGCCCAUCGUGGACGCGGACGAGAACAUGAGCGUGGUGAGCAGUGUCUCGCGCCACGCCGACCCCCGUUACCGCGACGACGCCAGCAGCCGUGGAGGGAGGGGCAGAGGAGAUUAUAUUCCCAGCAGGGGGCGGGCUCGCUCCAUGGACGACCUUGAUGACCUGGACCGUGGUUACCGUGACGACCACUACAGGGGCGGGGCCGACAGAGGGGGCCGUGGCAACUCUGGGGUUGAUCGUGACGACCCCUGGAGGCGUGACCACUCCACUGACAACCGUCGCCGAGGGGAUCCCUACGAGCGGCGGUGCCGUAGCCGUGACGACCUGCGAGACCUCGACCAACGCAGCAGCCCCGCUCCCCGCCGAGGGUACGACGACAGCUUCCUGGAGGAGGCGCUGAAGAGGAAGCAGCUGCAGAACCAGGCCCGAUCCGGUAGCCGUGACAACCUGGACAGCGCCAGCGACGCCACGUACCGCUCCGGAGGAAACAAGAGGGACCGGCGCAGGAACUCGGACGACAGCUUCCCCCCGCCUCCACCCCCACCGUACACUGACACGGAGUCUCUCGCCUCUUCUAAAGGCAGGGGCAAGGGCAAUCUGCGCAAGGUAACAAACUCUACACGAGAUGUACUGUGACGUGACGUUUGGGAAUGAGAAAUGGCUGUUUUGGGGGGAAUGGAGCUGUGAGUCGGGAGAGCUUAGUGGUCUGAGAGCGGAUUUCUUGUGUUCCGGAACGCCUCCUUUUAAUUCUUACCAAAUGCUUCCCUUUGUACGCUGUGAAUAAGGCCAAUCAAACCCCGUUUCAUCAGCGUUCAACACAAGUCUACAACGGCUCCCGUCUACUGCUAGAUCAAUAUUGUAAAACAUAUUCUGCAAGGGACAUUUAUUUCCUUUUCCAAUAGGUGUUUGGGGGCGUCUUUCAGAGUAAAACAUUCCUUUUUUAAAUGUUUGUUUUCAUCGUUUCUCUGUGUGUUCACACAGACAGAUCACUGUGUGUAAAGCAUCCUGUUCAUCCACUGCCUCGAAUGUGUGAUUUUCUUAAAAUACUGUACACACAUUUUAUAAUUGUUAAAAGUCACUGAAAGCAUUAGCUGAAGUGUUUGUCUACUGGGCUAGAUUUCAUGUAAUAUUUGCAUUUUAUAACCAGGCCAAUUAUCCCGUGUAUGCAUUCCAACAAUUGAAUCAGAGCAGUAAAAUCUGAAAAUGUGUUUUCUUAGAAUAGUUUUUGGCAAUUUUAUAUUAAGAAAACUUGGCUCUGAUUCUUAGCUAACUGCGAAACGAAUAAAUAAAACGACCGAGGGGCACGUCAAUGGAGUCAAACAGCCGCAAAAUCAAACAGGGUCGGACAUCCUCUGGGGAUCUUGUUGGUUUUGUAUAGGGUGCAACAGGAAUGGAAAUGCAGUUUAUAUUGCAAAACAUGGAUAGUUCAAUUAACCACUAAUUCUUAAGAGGGUUGGUGGUUAAAGGAAGGGACUGUUACCAGGAGGCUCCCGGUUCAGCCACUGACCCUGUGUGUGUGACCCUGAGCGAGCCACUGAACCGCCUUGUGCUUUAAAAAAAAAAAAAAAAAUGAUGUUUUCAAACCUUUUACUGCAUGCAUGAAUCUGAGAGAUGCCAUACUGUUACCUGUGUAAUACUGAUUACCUGUGUUUUAGUGUGACUCAUUUUUGUAAAUUUGUGCUAUUGAUAGACUCCAUAGCAUAGUUAAGACUUCAGUGGUUGGAGCCACUAAUUCUGGGAUUUGUAGCUGUGUAAACCACAGUUGAUCCUUUACUACCAUAAUUGAAUUCACUGUGUAUAAAUGAUAUGUAGAUUUAAAUUUAGCAGGAGCUAGCUGGUCACAUUGUCAGUAAAGAUAUUUAGAUACAUAUUGAUUGUGCAGUUAUACAGUUAGGUGUGUGUGUAUAUAAGUUGAUUUGCUGUAAUUGCACACAGUUGUGGAGUUCAGGUGUGGCUUGGUGUCCAGUAAGUCAGGCAGUCUUCUCUGUUAGGGUGAUCUAUGUUAAAUGGUGCUGACACCCCCUCUUAUCUGCAUCGCAAAUCAAAAUGAUUUGUUUGCUUAAAGACUAUUUCAGAGAGUCAACCAACAUUGCCAAUUAACCCUGUAAUGCCUGACUUCUGACACCCUGUAAGCUUCUGAUUGGCUGAGAGCAGGAACUCGUUAAUGAUGCCUGAUGGGGUUUGAUUGGUGCAUUACAGAUGUCUAAUAAUGCGCAGCACUGUUUUCAGCCAAUAGGAUUGAAGAGAAACGUUAAUGCUGGUAAUUCAUAUGAAUUCCUGAACCAUGCGUUACAUGUAUAAUUAAUUGCUUUAAGAUAAUACCUCUAUUUUUUUAUAAUUGCUUUUGAUUUAAAUAGGCUUUUUAAAUAUAUUGGCAACUUUUUUAACUGGAUUGACAUUUCAUUUUGCAUUUUUUAUUUUAAUUGUAAGUGUCAAUUAUAUACAGUUUACUAACUAUGCAUCAGAUUUAAAAUUGCUGUAAAUAAGACAAAUCUAGCACAAUGUACGCAAAGUAUGUAUCUGUAUUGAUUUUGGUAAUAUGAAGCAUAAACUCUGUUUUUUAAAAGUGCAA